CACAUCUCAGGAUCCACCUUGCUUGCCAAGGUGGUGCUCGUCACUUUUGAUAUUUCAAGCCACGCCUUGCUCGCCGCUCGAUCCGAUCCCCCCCUCCCUCGACUCGUUCCCCCUUCACACCUUCCCUUUCACUGCUCGCCUUUUCUGUUUUAUGCGUUUCGACUGCUGGUGGCCAAGGCGCUCUUGACUUGACACACACACAUACACGCACGCACUCACGCACGCACUUGCCCCCUUUGUCCCCACGCACACCGUUUCUAUCUUGCCCGCAGCGGGCAACUCGCUCUCCCAGCCAGAAAUCGCCCCCGUAAUCCCGACCAUCCCGAUUUCUAUUUGGUUCCAUUUGAAACCUGAUUACAAUUUCGCAAAGUUGCCCGCACCUCCGCGCCUAUUAGCAUGGACUACAACUCGGCCCUGUCGUCGCUGUCUCCGUCGUCAUCGUUCUCGUUCACCGCAGCGUCCGUCUCCGCCGCCACCACCGCCGCCGACACGCCGUCGGCAACCACUCCCAUCGACUAUUACCAUCACCUCACUCCAGCACCAGCAUCAGCAUCAGGCGACGUCAAGCUUCCCACCCCUCCCCUCUCUCCUUUCCUCGUCGUCUUUGACCACAACUAUCUUGCACCACACCCACUUCAAAACAACGCUGCACCGACGCCAGCACCACUGUCCAUGCCCCCGACCCCUUCCCAUUCGUCCCCGGAAGGAACACAAAACCUCCGCCCCCGACGCUCUCGCAAGGACAGGCCAUGCGACCACUGUCGCCGUUCCAAGCGAUCAUGUCACAUUGCCGUCAGAGGCCAAGCAUGCGCUCAAUGUGCAAAGUCGGGUAGGGAUUGUUCCUUUGUCGGACCUCCGGUGAUUCGGCACCGAAAGACAGACGACCGGUCGUCGGCAUCGGGAUCAGCACCUCCAUCAGUCGUCGGUGUGGCUCCUUCGUCUGCCUCGUCAAACUUGGUCUUGCCAAUGACGCCAACUCCAACCUCUGCCGGACCCAUCCAUCAGGCACAACAACUCGCAUCACUUGCGGCAGCUUCUUCUUCUGCUUCAGCAAUGUCGGCAGGACCCGGUCCAGAAACAUUGCAAUACAGGCAGCAGCAGGCCAACGCGGCUGCCGGCCUCUUGCAGCCACAGCUCGGCCUCGCCGGCGUCGCCGGUACCCCCCUCCUUUCACUACCACGCAUGGGACCACUGCCAAUGAGCAAUGGCCCUCCUUCCUCUCAGCUUAUUUCGUUCAUCGACGGCCUCGACUACAGGUCGCCCAACCAGCAGAUUGACGACAGCACGCUCUACUCGUCGCUCGACAUGGACGUGACCGAGGAGGAGGAGAGCCACUACCUUGGAUCUGGCGCCGUCGCCCACCUCGCAUCUGUCAGCCUUGACCGCCUGGAUCACGUCGCGCGGACCCAAUCCGGCUCAUUGGCGUACCGUCAAGUGGCCGACCCUCGAUACCCUGCGUUUUUUCUACGCAACCCCUCGCGCGUCUAUGGAUUGAGCAAUGCCGCGUUUGUGGCUGAGAAGGCGUACCAGCAUGUCAUUGGUAUCCUCGCUAGCGUCGAUCCCCGAAUGCCGGAACGGUUGAUCCAAGCGUUUCUCACGCGCACGCUCCCUGCCAUGCCCAUUCUCAACAGGGCACGUUUCGAGGCAUCUCUAAACGGCUGGCAAGCUGCUGCGACCGGGACGGCCCCGGCGGCCCCCGUCAUCCCCUUCCCCUCUGCCAUCCUUGUUGGCAUCUUUGCCCACUCGUCGAUUUACGAGCCGGCUCUGAGGGCCCACUCCAAGGAGCUGUGGAGUAUUCUCCUUCACGUCAUGGACAAUGAGUACCGUCAGGUGCGCCUUCAGACACUCAUCCUCGAAAUUCUCGAAAUUACUGGACGGCCAAUCACCAACCCGGGCGGAAACCACUUGGGUAUCUGCCGCGCUGUUGGGGCCAUUCAGCUGCUCGGACUUCACCGCGACUGCAGCAGGUGGAAGUUGCCCAAAUGGGAACGUUCGCUGCGCAAGCGCCUCUGGUGGGCCCUGUACGUCCAGGACAAGUGGAACUCGUACACGUAUGGGCGCCCUGUCAACAUCGACUCUUCGAGGAGCGCCAUCCCUCCUGUCACGUUCGAGGACGACGACCUAAACGAGGAUGGGCAAGUUCCUUUGACGGGCAACGAGGACAUUGCCGUUUUCAUUGCCACAUGCCGCCUGAGCACUAUUCUCGAGGCCGUGCUUCCUCUUCUGCUCGACCGUGACAGCCAGCCGCGCCGCCCUCGACUCGACCGCAGCAUCCUCAAGCAUGCCGCCAGCGAGCUUGAGAUGGUCUACUCGGACCUUCCUCAGGACCUCGUUUUCCGCCCCGAGAAUGCCAUUGUCCGCGCCGGUGCUCGCUCGCUCCAGCUCGCCCACUUUGGCCUCGCACUCCUCAUCUGCCGCCUUGGUCUCGAACGCGACGACCUCACCCCCAACCCGGAGCAUGUGCUCCAGAGCAUCCGGAAUGCUCUCACUGUGAUUGAAAACCUCGCCCUGUUCCUCGAAACGCUCUGGGACGACGACUACAAGGCCUACUGGUCUCCCUGGUCUGCUUACCAACUUUCCAACGCCGUCACUCUCCUUUUACAGCAGGCCAUCAGGAUCCACGAGCUGGACCACAAGUUCCCUACCGCGACCCCCGAUGCCGAGCGCGCCCUCGUUCUCGGCGACGUGUGCACCGUGCUCGCACGGAUCACUUCGUCGGUGCAGCGCGGCGCCGAUGCCGGAUGGGAGGUCGCCGAGGCGGCUAUGCCACGCAUCAAGUCGCUCGUCAAGUCGGUCCCCGCUGUCAUCCCCGGCAUCGAUGCCAUCCGUGCCAUGCUCGGAUGCGCGGUCGCCAUGACCAGCGUCAAUGAGUGGGGAGGCUACGAGAUGCCCGACACCAAGCUGCCGUCCGCGCGCCCGGACGCCGCCGGCAUCGAGCCCGACGGCGACAUUCUGGCCCUGUUCGACUGGCUAAACGGUGACAUGACGAACGUGUUUAGCAACACAGUUUGUUGAUGACGACCACCACCACUCGCACCACCACCCACACAAUCAGUUACAUAGCGACACAACGAGUCGCACAACAGCUCUCACGGACAAUUUUUUACCACGACCACUCAGUAACAAACGGACAAUUACUUUGGUUUUUCUUGUUUACUCUUGCCCCCACGGACAAUGCAAGGACAUUGGGCAGUUAGAAUGCAUCGUGUAGUAGUA